CUAGACCAUCUCGAGGCCGACAUCAGCCGAAUCGAGCUCCUUGAAGACACCGCAAAACUCCUGCAGAGUGCAGUCGUUGGCCCCGGGGCGCUGCGCCUGUCGUCCAUCGCGACAUACACACACACACAGCCACUCACUCGGUCGCUCACGUACUUGGUUCGCUCGCCGUGCGUGUGCCCGCGCUUACGAGUAUGUGUUUGUCGACAAGUUGGGAGAUAUCCUCCGCGUUGAGAUCCGAGAAGCCGAGCUCAUCUAGCAAGUCGGGGAACCUGCACACAACACACGCACACGACAUGCAGGAUACCUACCAUGGCCUGCUGCUCUGCGUGAGUAUGUUUGGUGAGAUACGUGUGGCUCACUGACCGUUCCAAGGGGACCGUGUGAGUGUCGUCCAUAUCGAAGCGGUCGAACGUGUUUCUGAUCUCCGACAUCUGCGGCAGUAAAGAUUGCUCUUUCGUCUGUGCAGGCCUGUACGUAUGCCUGUCUGUCUAUCUAUGCAUGUUUAUGUGUGUGUGUGUGUGGUGGUGGUUGUGUGACCACUAGGCGAGGGAUGCCGAGAGCCUCCCCGACCAAGGACCCCUCGGCAAACAGCUUGCUUGACUUGUGCUCACGGCCCUGAGUCAGCUUCGUGUCCAUCUAGAUACAUGUGCAGAAGUAGAUCCAUACACACAUGUAUGCAAGGAAGUGUGGUGACCGACCUUGAAGCUCUGUUGGGUCCUCUGGAGCUCGGCCUUGACGAGCUGUUUGCGCCGGUCCUCGUCAAGCUGCUCCUCCCUCUCGAAGCCACCAAUGCCGCCCACAUCGCCCCCGGAACUGUACAUCGACAGACGCAACUUGCCGUCACCCGCAUUCUCCCCCUCAACAGCAGGAGUGUCGUGCUCUUGUCCCUCCUCGUCCUGCUCGAGCACCAGGGUGAUGGUGGGACCAGCCUCGCUGGAGCUGGAUGAGCCACCCAGUUCCUUCUGCUUCAUGUACUGCUCGUACGCCGUGUUGAGCUGCCCCCGUGGUUAACAACGUGUAGUCAGUGGACGGGAGUGAGUCUGUGUUGGAUAGAUUGCUGACCUCUUGCUCAAACUCUUCGCCGCUUUUCUUCUCUAUCACGCCCGUCUGAAGGCAAGCAGCCAGAGGAGGGGAGAGGGGGAGAGCCACGUGGGCGCUGCCAUCCAUCCAUCGAUCCGCUCGUGUGAGUAUUUGUGACAUUGCCGCGCACCUGGACCUCGGUGAUCUGGCCAUCUCCGCCCACAUCCUGCGCACAAACAGACGAAGAACCCACGGAAGACAACUCGGGUGAGAGAUCAGCCGUUUUUUGUGGCGGUUGCAUGCCCGUGUACCUACCUGUCUGAGGCAGAUGAUGUUGCCGUUGUCGGCCUCCCGCUGUAUGUGCGUGACGUGGAUGUGGUAGUACUGCCCAUCGUCGUUGGUAUCGAAACGAAUGCCGUCGGUGAUGCAGAAGUCGACCGAUAGGGCGUCGUUGGGGACGCCCACAGUGCACCGCAGCGUCCCGUCCCCCUCCCGCAGCAUGGGCGUCAUAAACGGCGCAUGCAUUUGGGUCCCGUCCCACCCGUUCCAACCCCCCAUGUAAUACAGCUGCGUACGGUAAGUAAGACAUACAUACCAUGCAAUGCAACCACACAGGUGAGAUGCCUGGUGAGCGCGUGACUGACUGACUGACUGCCUGACUGGCUAGACUUGGUUGGUUGGCUGGCUGUUCCUGACCUGCCCCUGUUGCUGUGGUGGGAAGGCUUCAGGUGGUGGUCGGUAGCUGACCACCAGAGUGUCCCCCGCCCCGACCUCGGAUGCGCCAAAGUAGCUCAGACGACCCGCAAUCAU